AUGAGGUCAUUUGCAACCGCUUUAGAGGUUAGCCCAUCAACUAUUUAUAGGCUUCUCAAGAAAGGAAUACUUAGGAGUCACACAAAUUCCAUCAAACCAAAAUUGACACCAAAGCACAAAACUGAUAGACUAAAGUUCAUUUUGUCACACAUCAUACCACCCACAGUUACAAGCAAGCCAAGGUUUGAUUGUUUAUACAAUAUGGUGCAUAUAGACGAGAAGUGGUUCUCUAUGAGCAGAAUUACACAAAGAUUCUACUUACUAUCUGAAGAAGAGGACCCAUACAGGGCUUGUCAAUCAAAGAAUUUCAUCACAAAGGUUAUGUUUGAAGCUGCAAUUGCAAGGCCGAUAAUUACGCCUAAUGGAGAGGUCAUUUGGGAUGGAAAAAUAGGCAUUUUUCCAUUUUUAGAUUAUAUUCCAGCACAAAGAAACAGCUCAAAUCGACCAGCAGGCACCAUAGAAACAAAGGCAAAACAGAGUAUAACUAAGGAAACCAUCAAGGAAUUAAUUAUCAAUGUGCUAUUACCAGCAAUAAGGGCAAAAUGGCCUGAUUUUGGGUGCAAAACAAUCUGGAUCCAACAAGAUAAUGCCAGACCCCACAUUAGACCAGAUGACAUGCAAUUUUUGGAAGCUGCAAAGCAAGAUGGAUUUGAUAUGCAUCUAAUAUGUCAACCUGCCCAAUCCCCAGAUCUAAACUGUCUUGAUUUGGGUUUUUCAAAGCAAUUCAGUCCAUACAACAUCAAUAUUUUCCAGAUACAGUUGACAAAUUAA